AUGUCCGGAGAGAAGAUCUUCGAAGGCUGUUUCGCCGUUCACAAGCCGCAGGGCAUCACCUCCGCCGACGUGCUCCGCGAUCUCCAGCGCCAUUUCAACCCCUCAAAGCUUUUCAAGCCAUGGAUCCAGGCUGAGAUUGACCAGCGGAGUCGAGAAAACAGUUUCCAGAACCGACGCCGCCGCAACAAGAAGGUCGAAGUGAAGAUUGGACAUGGCGGAACGCUGGACCCGCUCGCAACAGGCGUUCUGAUCGCCGGCGUGGGUAAGGGUACCAAGUCUCUCAACGACUUCCUGGGAUGCACGAAGUCCUAUGAGACUGUUGUUCUCUUCGGUGCCGAGACAGACACCUACGACUGCCUCGGUAAGAUCGUGCGCCGAGCCCCAUACGAGCAUGUCACGCGGGAGGCAGUUGAGAAGGCCCUGGACCAAUUCCGCGGGAAGAUCAUGCAGCGCCCUCCAAUCUUCUCGGCGCUGAGAGUGGAAGGAAAGAGGCUGUACGAGUACGCGCGGGAAGGUAAAAUGCCGCCCGUCGAGAUCAAAUCCCGGCCUGUCGAGACCUUGGAGAUGAAAAUCGUCGAGUGGUAUGAGCCGGGCACGCACGACUUUAAGUGGCCCGAAGAGGAGAUGACUGGCGACGAGAAGAUUAUUGCUGAGAAGCUUCUGGACAAAGACGCAGAGGUGCCGGUGGAAAGCGAAGCCGCGGAUCAAAACGCUUCAUCAGCCAAGCGAAAGACGCCUCCCACGGCGGACUCCCCGAAAGAGGAGGAUCAGGAAGAUGCCAAAAAGCAAAAGGUCUCAGAGGAUGGAACAGCCCAACCUGCUGCGCCUAAACCUGCUGCGCCUGAACCUGCUGCUACCGAGCCCGCCACCUCAGAGGCCCCUUCGAAGCAAUCAGACCAGCCUCGUCCCCAACCCGCGGCUGUCAAAAUCCAUAUGACUGUCACUUCAGGAUUUUAUGUUCGUUCUUUGGCACACGAUCUGGGCAAGGCUGUCGGCAGCUGUGGUCUGAUGAGCUCGCUUGUCCGCAGUCGCCAGGCCGAAUUCGACUUGCAACCCGAGAAUGUCCUCGAAUAUAAGGAUUUGGAGCAAGGCGAGGAGGUCUGGGGCCCGAAAGUACAGAAGUUCCUUGAAGAAUGGGAGGGCAAGAGGGCGGCCAAGGCCGAGGCCGAGGCCAAGGCAAAAGCUGAACAGCAAUAG